AUGAGAUUUUCAUCGACAUGCUCCAGCAAAUUACUGAGGGUUUCUUCCACUGACAAUGUUGCGGGCGCUGCAUGCCGCCUCCCGCCAUCAAUGCCGCCAUCAAAACGCCCCGGCCUCCCGUACCCGAGCCCGUCGACCUCGUCCUGGCCCUGGUCCCCUAGCCACCCCUGUCCAUGUCGACCCUCCAGCUCCCCAAGACCGCACUUGAGAUCUCUAGCUCCAACUCUCCCGGAUUGUUUGUCUUACCACACCCCUCUGGCUCUCGCGGCCGUACUUCACCUUCACCCUCACGUCCUUUCCCAUGUUCCCCCCCAUUCCCGGCUAGGUUCAAGCGACUAA